AUGACUCAAAGUUCCAAAGAUGUCUUGGUACAUAGGGCUCGUUUUGCGGAACUCAAAGGUGCCAAUAUCACCGCACUUGCGUUUUCCCACGCUUCCAGAGCGGACAAAAGAACACCUUCAGAUUUGAGAUUGGCACUAGGAAGAUCUAAUGGUGACAUCGAGAUUUGGAAUCCACGCAAUGGCUGGUACCAAGAACUCAUAAUUCAAGGUGGUAAAGACCGCACAGUGGAAGGCUUGCUUUGGAGCAACUUGCCUGGAGAACCGCUGCGACUUUUCUCGAUUGGUGCAUCUACAGUGGUGACAGAGUGGGAUUUGGCAUCUGGUCUUGCAUUGAAAAAUUACGAUUGCAACGCUGGUGUUAUUUGGUCAAUGGCUUUGGAUUCGACUGGAACAAAAUUAGCUGUGGGAUGCGAUAACGGAUGUGUCGUGAUCGUUGACAUUUCAGGUGGACCAGGCGUCAUGGAACAUGAAGCCGUGUUACAGAGACAAGACUCUAGAGUUUUAUCUGUUGCGUGGAAAGGAACCGAGUCUGUAAUUGGAGGCUGUGCUGAUGGAAGAAUACGGGUCUGGAGCGCCACCAGCACCGAAGAAUUGAGGGGACGCAUUCUGCAUACUAUGAAGGUGGACAAGUCUAAAAAGGAAUCCACUUUGGUUUGGAGCGUCAUAUACCUUCCAAAGAAGGACCAGAUUGUGUCUGGUGACUCCACAGGCGCAGUCAAGUUCUGGGACCUUCAAUACGCAACGCUCACACAAACUUUUAAAAGCCACGAGGCAGAUGUAUUGUGCUUGGCGACGGACGAAACAAACUCAAAGGUUUUCAGCGCUGGCGUAGACCGUAAGAUCUAUCAAUAUAACCUUGCAUCUGCUAAUACCGCGAAAAACAACCUGAAAUGGGUUGUCGCUUCAAACAGACUAUUGCAUUCAAAUGACGUUAGAACCAUGGCUUCCUAUCAGUCCAAGGGUGCUGACUUUCUCGUUUCCGGUGGACUUGAGAAAAACCUUUUCAUAAGCUCAAUCUCCAAUUUCACAGACGGCACAUACACGAAAAUUCCAUACUUCGUUCCCUUCCACAAAAAUGCUCUCUUCAACGCUGAGCAGCGGUUGUGUGUGGUUUGGCAACAAUCAACAAUAAGAAUAUGGGCCGUGGGCAUGGACGCCGGUGAUGGAGAAAACUACAAGCUCUGCUGCAAGCUGACGCUGAACGAUGAACAAAACAUCUCUACGUGCGCACUUUCAAACGAUGGUCAAGUUCUUAUUGUUGGUAGACCCAGUACCACAAAGCUUUUUCAUUUACAUCCUUCUAAUGGCAAAUUAAAAGUAACCAAACUGGACAACGAGUUCCUACUGAGAACAGGUGCCAAACACAUUAAAUUCAUUGACAACUCUAAUAUACUCCUGGUUUCGUCAAAGGAUGAGGUUUUGAAGCUCGAUCUUGAAGAUGAAGAAGCUGACGAAGAAGCAACAGAAAUCGAGCUGCCUGCUCUAUCCGAAGAGCUAGAGUCUUCUAAAUGCCCUCACAUUGCAUCAAUCAAUCAAAUCGACUGUCGGGAUUCCGUUGCCGUUGUAACACGGACUUGCGGGGCCCUGGACGUUAUAAAUAUCAGGGAUAACAGUGCAUCACCUGUUGCUCGUGUUUCUAAUUUCAUCGCUGCCGUUCACAUAAGUUCAAAGGGCACUGCUUUGCUUACAACCGCAGAUAACAAACUAUUAGAGCUGUUCCUUAAAGAAACUGACGAAUCUCCCAUUGGAGCCAUGUCAGUAUGGUGCAAGAAAAACAAAGACUACCUGCCAAAGGAGUUUGAGAGUUCAAGAAACAAGUUUGUUGGGAUUUUUAGUGGCGGACAAUCCCAGGAAAGAAUUUGGGUAUGGGGUGUUAACUGCUUAGCUAGCUUCGACAUGUCACAAGACCUUCCAAUAAGCACACGGAAAAGACCAAAAAAGCAUAAGAUCGACGGUAAUUCUAUCACUGACAGAAGUGAUAAUGUUAACGGAGGGGAAGAUGAUGACGAAGACGAUGACGAGCUAGAGCGCAUAGCGCCACUAAUGAAGGAAAGGCCUUCUCCUGAGCAACUAACGAAACGUAUCAGCAAAGACAGUCAUCCAUUUUUCCUAACAGAAAAAUACAAAUCGAUUUUACUCGCCGACGUUUUAUCUAACAAGGAAAUCGUACUGAUUGAAAACCCAAACACGUCUAGAUCGGCAUCGCUACCGGCUUUCAAUCUUCCUAAAUUAGUAAUAUAG